AUGGCUCAGAGUAACAAAGACGGGAUGGCGAGCUUGGAGGCGCCGACAAGGGCUCUUUUGAACAUUGCGACUCAAGAUGAAACUGCGGACAGCUUCUCAUUCUCCCAGAAAGAAACAGAGAUCUUAGAGCUCUACGACCGUAUCUUCGAGCAGAAGCUGGAAGAAGCACUGCUGAACCACCAGCUCCCUGAAGAUACGGAAGUGGAUGACGUUGACGCGAAACUGGCAGAGGCAGAGCGCGAACUACUCGAAGUCAGGGCAAGGCUCUCAGUCCAGAGAAAGGUGGUAGAAAGUGUCCUCAUGACUGAGCCUAGCCUACAAGCAGUUCACUCAGCGCCUUCAUCACCGCUUGACAAGGCCCUUCUUCAGCUCAUCAACAAGCGAGAUAUUCUAUCACUCGCCUAUGAGAAUAUCUUGACAACACAUACUACCUGUAUCCGAGAACUAUCAAAUGCCGAAGUCUCCAAUAUCCAAAGCAUCAAGCAGAAUCAGGAGCUGGUUCAAUCUCUGCUUAAACUUACUAGGAAUGAGAAGUCGGCAGAUGAGGAGAUACCUGACCAGGAGCUGAAAGAGGAACUAAAUAGCUUAAUAUCCGAGAACAAGCAGAAAAAGGCACAGUGGACGCGCAUGAAGCGCAUAGUCAGUGCUUCUAUCGCUGCCAGUGGAGUCGACUGGGCUAGCGACGAGAAGCUCGAAAGACUUGUUCUGGAUGAUGAUGAGUUGGAUGAUGUCUGA